GAGACCAUGACCAUUGUUAUCCCUUUCUUUUUGUCCAUUACCGCCACCUUCAAAGAAACUAAUCAGUAACACCAUUUCACGGGUCGUAAAUAGUUCUACGACCACUAUAAUAAUACUAAUAUCGCCUUCAACUUCUCUUUCUUCCUACUACGUCAACUCCGCACAGAGUGGCUCCACGAACUUGCUAUCCUUCAGUCCUCUUGCUAUAUCUCAUCCGAAUCUCAAGAUAUCUAGUGUCUAUUAUUCUAUAUUUUUAAUAUCUGACCGUAUCCGACAUCUACAUAAUGGCCGUACUAUCGACUCGCAGGAAGGGUACGACGGGAACUUUGGGCCUACCUCAAAGGAGGAGAAAUUAUCGGCAGGAUGUCAUACAUGCCUUGAUCGAAGUAGAGGCACACAAGGGGCGACGAGCUAGGACCAAACGGCGGGUUCGCAGUCAAGUCAAGAAGAACGCGGAAUUGAUCCCGAACCCUCUUGGUGCCCGUCACAAGACGGGGAUCAACAACGCUUUCAAGUCUCUGGCUGAACGUGGACUCAUUGAGCCCAUCGAGAAAGAAGAUGAUCCGAUCUCCUGGACGGCGAAGGGUAAAGAGCACCUUCGUGCUGCUCAUAACGCUCUCGGGCUACGCUCAAGUCACCGUGAAGAGCUAUCUCAAGACCAACUCAUCAAGGUCGCCCAAUUAUUCGAUGCGUCGACUUCUGAUAGAGUUGCUAAGCGUUCGACAGAAACCAAGGCUCAGUUGAAGUUCGAAAAUCAGAAGUUGCGUUCGGAAAAUCAACGCCUUCAAUAUGAAUUAUCGCGAUUGCGGAAAGACAACGAAGCGUAUGAAGAGGAGCUUACUCACGCUCGACAAGCGAUAUUCGAGCUGAAGAUCGAGAACGUGGCGAUGCAACUUUCCAAUUCUCGACCCGUGUCUCCCUUUAGUGAUUGCGAGUUUGAGGAUCAGGACACCACCCUAAUACACACCGACUACGUCGAGGGUGACCACCCCACAAUGGAACAAGAUUGGGAUGACGAUGACGACGAGAACGAAAUUGGUUCAUCAUUGAGAGCCACCAGUCCAUUGCCAGUCAUGCAGCCUCCUUUCCUACCGCCACCUGCUAUCAUCGCGCCGCAUCCAGCCAGACCCAGUAUCACCGCUUCAGGAUCGUGGAUCAAUCCGAUCACUAAGCGGCCUAGCCCUGCUCCCACUCAAGCAUCCGGAGAGGAGGAUGACGACUAUGAGUACGAUGAGAAUGAUAUGACUAUGGUGGCCAAUAACGAAGACGAGGAAGUCAUUCAUCGUCAACAGCACAAUGACAUGAGCAAGCGGCAGCUUCUUACGCCUGACCAUACGCCUGCUCGACCUGUUCGCCGUCACUCUCACUCUCACUCUUUGACUCUGCCUAGAGAGACGGAUCUGCAGCGACUUGCUGACACCGAAGCAGAGUUGGCCUGCGUCCAGGAACAACUUCGUGGCGUGCGUAAUGCAUUGGAGGCCUUGCAGAACCAGUUGGACUCAAAAUCUACCGAGGUCGCGGAUCGCGAGGUGAAGGUGGUUACAUUGACGUCUGAACGGGAUGACCUUCGAACCCUACUUAACGCAGAGACAACUAAAGUUCAGCGCUUAGAGACCCAAAUCAGGGCUCUUAGAGAGGCGAAGAAGACACAUGAGGGCAACUUGGCGACGAUCAUCCGGAUGAAGGCGCAGAAACUUACCCUCGAGACGCAGAAUCGAAGUCUACAGACGGAGUGCCAAACGAUGGAGACUGAGAAACUCAUUCUUCAGACGGAUAAUAAUAACCUUAAACGCAAGCUGGACGACGCGGAUGAAGAUAUAAAAGACCUCGAAGUUGAAAUGAAGGAAAAGAUGGGCGUUUUGGAGAAGAUGUGGAAGGUGGUGCAAGAGGAACCAGCAAGGAAGAGGAGGAGGACCGCAUAGGAGUAAUGAUCCUUUCGUCGCAUUCAUAAUCCCCGUGGACAUCUCUUCAAUCUCCGUACGAUAUCUGAACUCUCUCAUUAUAUACGCAAAUUUUCCUACCUUUUUUUGGCAUGUUGCACAUCUUACGGUCGAAAAUUACCAUAUGGACAUUGACAUAUGCAAACUCUAGUUCCUCUAUCUCUCCCCCAUGUAUCAAUACUGUACCUAUGUUAGCUACUUCUUAUACGUACCAGAUACCGGUAUGAUUAUUCAUUAUGCAGAUGGCCAUCCCAGGAAAGUUGAAAUGCGACAGCACGCGAUUGCCAUAAUGAUACUACAGGUGAUUACUUUGCUAUAUCUGAGCUUAACGACGAUGGAAUGAUGGCUGGCCAAUACGCUCAUGCACCAACACCGACAGAAGGACCACCUCGUCCUCGUCCUCGACCACCGCGGAUUCCACCACGUCCACCACCGCGUCUACCAUACCCUCCCCAACCACCAACAUACGCGCCAGGUCCCAUAAGCCCAACACCCCCAGGUUCGCCAAACGUAGCAACAUUCCUCUCCCUCUCCUCCUCCCUCCUAUUCCUCGCUCCAGGCCCACCUCCCCUUC